AUGGUAGGUUCAGAUGCCAAGCCCAAAGAAUUGCCUGCUGAAGAGAGGCGCUAUCGUCUGUCAGCACAGGAGCGUCGUUUGAGCGGCAUGGUCUUGCACGGGCCUCUUGAGGUUGCUUUCUCUGCAUAUGACAUUGUAGUCAAGAUGCUGGCCGACGACCACAUAACUUAUCUUGCUCCUCAUCGCUUUUCCACCCGCAUGUUGGAAGUGCAGCAGGAUCGGCCCUCAAAAUCCAUUGUCAUUGAUGCGACACAACACUUGCAGGUGAAAGACACGGCCUCGCAAAAGCCUCAGGUGGAUCUGCCCGACGCAUUGUCGCUGACACAAGCAAUGACGCGCCGCAGUCUAGCUCUAGACCUGGUCGGUGCUGCGACAUUCUCCCGCGCUGAGGCCUGGAAUCGUGUGCUGGUUCAACACUUACAACAACCGCCGCCACCCGGCUUUAAGUUCAUGGAUACUGCGCAGCUUCUCCGUGCCGACCGCGCGGGUUGGUUGCACAUGGCCCAGGUCCUCACCACUCUGCGGCGCGGGAGUGAUGGAACAUUGCCGAUGGAUGCCGCUUUUGAUUCCUUGCCCACUGUGCCAGCCAUCAUGUUUCAUCUUGCUCCACAGCAGGGUGGGCGGGCCACCGCUGAAGCCAGCCAACCACAUGCCUCAGCGUCUACGGCUGCAGGCGAGGGCAAACUGACAAAAUCGGCCAAGCGGUGCGCUUCGCUGAAGCGGAAACUGUCUGGCAAUACGACUGUCGCCACGCCGCCACCUCCACCACAUGCGACUCCACGGCCCGCCAAGCAGCAAACAGGCAAAGGCGGCGCUAAGCGCACUUUCCCAGAGGCCCUCAAAGGCAUGGCGAGCCGUACCCCACAAGGGCGUCGCAUCUGCUGGGAUUAUAACUUGCCUGGUGGCUGCACGAAUGCUGCCGGCUCUUGCCCGAAUGGUGAUCAU